UUCACUCCACUCCUGAAGAAACAAUCAUCAUUACUUGAAACUUUUGAAGACCUGGUCAAGGAAUUUGAAGCCAUGUUUGGUGACUCAGAAAAGUCCAGAACUGCAGCCAACAAAAUUCGAAAGCUUGUCCAAGGAACAAGACCAGCCUCAAGUUAUGCCUCUGAAUUUCGGCAAAUUGCAAGUGUGAUAACUGACUGUUUGAGCAUAGGCAAGAAUGCUUAUGAGACCUCUCAGCAAAACAGUAUCAACCUUAGACCAUUACCAGCCCCAGCUGCAGUAAGGGGGCUGUGGCUGGACCAUACCAAUAGUUUACCUCCUGCAAACCCACUACUUAACAACCAUCCUGUAACAGCAUUGACCUCAGAGUUACAUAUAUACCUCUCUAAUGGAACUCAAACAAGCAUGCAAGCUUUAGUUGAUUCUGGGGCUUCAGCAUGCUUCUUGGAUUUUUCUCUGGCUCAAGAACUCAACUUACCUAUUCUUAAAAAAAAGUCACUAUUAACAGUUGAGAUAGUUGAUAGUUGGGAGCUUUCAUCAGAGUCUGUAAUACAUGAAACUGGGCCGAUAUCUGUAUAUCUACAAGAACACUAUGAAGAAAUAACCUUUAACCUUAUUUCUUCUUCCUACUACAAAGUGAUACUGAGGUUGCCUUGGCUAACAGUACAUAAUCCUGAAAUAAACUGGCAUGAACGAACCAUCACUUUUUCAAACCCAACCUGUAAAACUCAUCUUUUUUCAUCUUCAGAAACUAGCAUAACUAAUAAAGAACAAAUUUUUGUAGUUCAAGUUUUUCCUGCCAGGACUGGCAGCCCCUAUUACACUAACGAGAGGUCACCCUCGGUGAUUCCAAAAAAGUACCAAGAAUAUAGUGAUGUUUUUAGCGAGAAAGAAGCUUACAAGUUAUCUAAAAACUGUCAAUAUAUUUGUGAAAUCAAAUUAUUACCUAACUCGCAGCCUCCUUGGGGUCCCAUUUACGAAUUGUUUAUACAAGAACUUGAAACCUUAAAGAAAUAUAUUGAGGAAAAUCUAGAAAAAGAUAGUUCUGGAAUGCCUACAAAUAAAUGGCUUGUUUGUGAAAUUAGAAAAAUGCGACUUUGA